GACCCUGGUGCUGAGUAACAAUGGGGGAUCUGCCCCGUAUGAAUGUUCAUCCUCUUUUUGACAUCUCGCUCCUAUGACAUGCCCAGUCUGGCAGGUUCCCAAGUCUUCUGUAGAGGAUCCAACAGUUGUGGCUGACUGUUCCAGCUGUGUCCAGAGAUUCAUGUUUUCUGCCACAUCACGGACAAGCCUGGACCUUGUGUAACCGAAAUCCUGGAGGACAUAGCCACACUCCCUGGAGACCUACCAGCGUGCACCUAGCAAACUGCGAAACUCUGAGAGGAUGGGCUCAUACACGCUUCUGUAUGACACAAGGACGUAACCACUAAAAACGCUUAGGUAACAAUGAAAGUUCGUCUCAAAGGGGAUGUUCUCUGCACUCUUUUUCUCUUCAUCGCGCUGUGUACAUUAUUAUACAGUCUGAUGAGACCAACAUCCAAAAUAUCUCCUGUUAAACCAAAGCAGGUGAAGAUUGUGUCCAAGACUGCAAAGCCGAAGAAGUUUUUGGAGACAAAGGAAAGGCCAAGUAGUACGAGACUCCUCUCAGAAGCGUAUCCUGUAGAAGAGGAUAUUCAGGAGGAUAAGCCUUCUGAUCAUGCUGCGGUUACACCACCAACCUUUGACUUCCAGCAGUAUCUGAGGAGUAAAGACCAGCGAAACUUCACCCUGCUGAUCAACCAGCCAAACAAAUGUACAAAACCUCCAGGAGAUUCCUUCCUCCUCAUUGCUAUAAAGUCUAUCGUGGAAGAUUUUGACCGUCGAGAGAGUGUACGUAAGACCUGGGGUCGAGAAGGGGUCAUUAAUGGGGCAAGGGUUCGGAGAGUGUUCCUUCUGGGCACUCCGAGGAAUAAAUCUGCCAUCUCUUUGUGGGACUCCCUUUUACAACAAGAGAGCCAUUACUACAAGGACAUUCUACUUUGGGAUUUUCUCGACACUUUCUUUAACUUGACACUGAAAGAGAUUCACUUCCUUAGCUGGGCAGAACAAUUCUGCAGCAACGUUAAGUUUGUAUUCAAGGGAGACGCUGAUGUUUUUGUCAAUGUAGAGAAUCUUAUUAGUUACUCACAGACUCAAGAUCCCUCCACAGACUUGUUCGUUGGUGAUAUUAUAAAUCAUGCUAAGCCUAUAAGAUCAAAGAAGAGUAAAUACUACAUCCCAGAGACAAUGUAUGGGUUAGGCAUGUACCCAGCAUACGCGGGUGGGGGGGGAUUUCUAAUGUCAGGUGUAACCAUGAAGAAACUAUCCAAGUCCUGCAGGGAGGUGGAGCUCUUCCCCAUCGAUGAUGUUUUUCUUGGCAUGUGCUUACAGAGAGUUAACAUCACACCAGUGCUACACGAAGGGUUUAAAACCUUUGGAAUUACCAAACCCUCAGCAGCCCCCAACCUGCAGACGUUUGAUCCUUGCUUCUACCGGGACUUGAUGGUGGUACACAGCCUUAAAGCUGCAGAGAUCUGGCUCAUGUGGAAUCUUCUCCACAGCCAACAAUUGCCAUGUUCCCAGAGACAGCGAAUAAAGAAACUCUUUCACUGGAAGAAGAAGAAGGCAAAGCAGGCUUUAAAAGCAGUUACAAACCAAAAACGGAGGACAGCUGUCUCAGAUACAGGCUCAUAGAAUGGAAUGAUGGAAAUGUUG